AUGCGGCUGCAAAACGCAGGGCUUCUCGCCCUCUCGAACGUGGUACUCGUCCAAGCUGUCCCGAAACUAGUCACGCCGACGACUACUUUUUCAGAAGCCGAAACGGUGACUCCAGCAGUGGUGCCUCAGACCAAUGUCACUUCCCAUGGCACUUUCACGGGACCCCCAGCCUCGACUACGGGUGCUCUCUCAACCACCGUUACAGCCUCUGCGAUCCCGCCUCUGCCUCCGGCUCCGGAUUCAUUCAACUACACUGCGGAUGGCAAGCUUCACGCCCCUCAACCUGCGCCGUUUACGCCCAGCGGCGGUAUUGGAACCAACGGCUCGGCUCCAGUAUAUCGUGUCCAAAGCGAUUUCGACUACCAAUCGUUAGCCUUGGCUCUGUAUCAGGAAUGGAUUGAACUCGACCUGUUCCAUUGGGGUCUGCAGAACUUCACUGUUGAAGAGUGGGAAGCCAAUGGGAUCAAUGCCGAGGAGAGGUUCCUCAUUGAGUACAUGGCCGAUCAGGAGAUUGGGCACGCCACUGUUAUCACCAACAUGCUCGGCCCGCAAGCGCCGAAGCAGUGUACUUACAACUACCCGGUUUCCAACGUCCGAGAGUUCAUCGACUUCAACCAGAAGCUUACGCGUUGGGGAGAGGCGGGUGUGUAUGGCUUCUUGCCGCACCUGAACUCGGGACCGGCUGCUCAGCUGCUCCUCCAAAGCAUCACGAUUGAGGCUCGUCAGCAGCUCAUCUUCCGUCAGUUCGGCGGGCAGUUCCCCAUGCCGGAGUGGCACACGGUGGGAAUUCCUCAGAGCUGGGCGUGGACUCUUUUGGCUCCGUACAUUUCGAGUUGUCCAUUCAACCAGACUCGACUGGUGUGGCAGAACUUUCCUGCGCUGCACAUCCUCAACCAACCUAAUCCGGCUCGCAUCAAUGGCUCUGAUGCCUUUAACGAGACAACCGGCGGCUGGGCCAACACUCUGUCUACCCAGAACAUUUCUCGCUCUGAACUCUGCUUGAACGCCACGAACAAGGCUCUGGACUGCGCGCCGGCUAUUUCCCAGAAUCGCAGCCUUCCCCUUUCGUAUCCAGGCCGCCAGGUAUUCCUGCAAUGGGAUAACCCAGGACAGUUAGUCGGGCCAAACAACAGCUAUGUGACCACUACCAAUGUCAAACAGCCCAAGUUUGCUGCCUGGGUGUCGCAGUUGAACGUUACGUAUUCUCCGUUGCUCAACGUGAGCCUGCGGGACAACACGGCCUUUACGUUCCAGCCCAAUGUGUCGACGUGGGAUCAUGAUCCAGCUAUCAAUGGAACCAUGUUCCUUGCGCUUACGGAUACGAAUCUCACUGUUACGCCAUACAACUUGACCAUGCUGAAUCCGCAUGUUGCGGCUCUGGCGGUGUAUCAGGCUGGUUGA